UACCAAAUUAACCUAGAAAAUUAACAAAUGAAGUCAUUAUCGUGUUCUAAAAUUUUCACAAUGGAAUAUCCUAAGUGUCUGACAGUUUUAUUAAUAGUUGGUGUAGUGAGUUGUGAUCUAUGUGAAAAGAACAUAGAAUUUUUUUUUACAAGUGAUAGUGGGCGGUGCCAAGCGCAAUUCAACGGUUCUUUUAGUAAGACUACUGUAAGCGUAGAUAAUGAGAAUGGUAUUGUAACUGGAUUAACUCCCAAUGCAAAUCCUAGUUGUAUAGCCUCAGACACACUAUCAUUGGCUAGUGGUGGAGUUUUAAAAAUCAAGGUUUACUCAAAAUCAAUUUCUGUAGAAGACUACUUGACAGUGUCCGUGUAUGAGGCAGAAGAAAACAAUGUUGUUGGCCAAGCAACCCUCCUCGACAUUGACAACAGAGUUGGUGAUGGAUGGACCGUUUUAGAACUUAUAUUAGAGGGAAAACCACACUACGAUGGUUAUAUCAUGCUCGUUGGGAAAGCUACUUCAAACUCUGAAAUCCUGGUCGAAUCAAUCUGCUACUUUCCUGCAGAACAAAUGAAACUACUUCGCGAAGACUCAGAACUCAAAACUCAUGAUGAAGCUACACAGGCAGAUUCUAUUUUAAGUCAUCAAGUUCACAUUCAGUCACUGUCAGCCACUGAGCGAUCAUUUCGAUUUUUUUACUCGGAAGAUUUCUGGACACCCCUCACUAUUUCCCUAGCAGUAAUAAUCCCAGUAAUAUUAUUAGCUUUAGUAGGUUGGGGUUGCUUCGCUUUGGGGAAAAGGCAGGGAGGUAAGCAACAGCCUCAAGUAUAUGAAGAUAUAGAUAAUCUUCCAAAGCCGUAUCUUGUUCCAAGAGUCAAGAGCAUGUAUGCAGAAUCCGUUGAAAGCCCUUAUGUUAAUAGAAAUAAUAACAUAUACUCUGUUUAG